AUGCAAGAGAAGCCGACAACGGUCGCUGCCUACGCGGCGGGGGCCUCACUGGCCGCCGUGGCCCUAUUCUACGUCUUUGGACCAAACUACACAAUCGACGGCGAAGAAUCAAACGACAGCAAUCGCAAGAAAAGCAUUGUAGGCCUGUCCAAUCUGGCCAAUGACUGCUUCAUCAAUUCCGUGCUGCAAGCCCUGGCCGGCCUAGGCGACCUGCGAGUUUACCUGAUCCACGAACUGCACCGGCGGCAUCUGGAUGGACCAGAGACAUACCACACGGUGCCGAGUGACGGUGAGCUCACCGGAGCGCAAGAGGACAAGCUGCGGGAGCUGCAGCAGGGUAUCACCACACGGGCUUUGAAGGAGAUGCUAGACCGAUUGAACGAGCGGCCUAUCUACAAGAAGACAAUUUCUGCGCGUGACUUCAUCCAGGCUUUGGAGUACGCGUUCCGCACGCGUAUUAGUCGCAAUCAGCAGGAUGCGCAGGAGUUCCUGCAGAUUGUUCUUGAGAGAUUGUGUGAUGAAUAUCAUGCGGGAGUGCGUGCUCGAAAGCGAGCACUUGGCUCUGCGGCUGCUGAGGUGACACUUGGUGAUGCGCGUGAGGGGACUCCGUUGGAGAGCUCUUCUGAGGUAGAAGUCCGCGUUGAUGAUGGCUCACCCAAUGGAUUGCCGGCCAUCAUUGAUACUAAGCUCAAGGCGAUUGACCAGGAGUCUGGCUUCCCCUUUGAAGGCAAGAUGGAGUCUCAGAUUGAGUGUCAGUUCUGUCAUUAUCAGUACAAGCCGAACCAGACGGCUUUUGUCAACUUGACAUUGCAGGUGCCACAGAAGAGCUCGACUACGCUGAGCUCGUGUUUCGAUGGUCUUUUAAAGACUGAAUACAUUGAAGAUUUCCGUUGCGAUAAGUGUCGCAUGCAGCAUGCAGUGGAGGUCAAGUCGCAAGAGCUAGCCCGUGCCCGAGCACAGAGCGACAAGGACCGAUUGGAGCAAGAAAUUGCCCGCAUUCGUGAGGCGAUGGAAACUGACCCCGAAGGCGAGCUCGAGGGCAUUGUGUUUCCUCCGUCCGAGACAGUCCCCAAGCGCCGAAUUGCACGGCAUAUGCGUAUCACGGCGUUCCCCAAAGUGAUCGCCAUUCACCUGUCACGAUCGAUCUUUGACCGGAGCAGUUCGAGCAAGAAUGCCGCCAAGGUCUCAUUCCCUGAACGGCUUCCUCUGGGCAGCAUCUUAAGCCAGAAAUGGUACAAGCUGCUAGCCAUUGUCUGCCACAAGGGCAGUCACCACAGCGGUCACUACGAAUCCUUCCGGCGCAACCAUAUAUACCCGCCCUUCUCCACCCCCGAGGUCUUCAGCUCCUAUGCUCAAAGUCGUGCUGCCAGCGAGAACCCCUCGGCCGCUCCAAGCCCGCGGAUCGCGCCCCGUAGUAGUCCCGACCCCGACCUCAAUGGCAGCAUCUCGACCACCAACUCCUCGACCUCGCUCUCGGGGGCCUCGGCCUCGGCCACCCGGCUCACACCUCCCCUUCCGCGACCGACGACGUCCAGCUCGCGGCGUUCCGUUCAGAGCACCUCCCCCUCGGACAGCAACAGCCCAACCGGUGACCAGGGUCGCUGGAGUACCUCUACCUCCGCCCCCCGCCCCUCCCGCAGCAUACCCCGCCCGUCUCUGGACACUUCGACGGGGGUCAGUUCGCGACUUCGACGCCGUCGCAAGCCGAUGGAUCGCUGGUGGCGCAUCUCCGACGAGAAGAUCAAGGAAUGCAAGACUUCUGAUGUGCUGGGCAUGCAACGGGAAGUCUACCUAUUAUUCUACGAGUUGGAGAAGCCCGACCCGAGCCCUGCCGAGAGGCGUUGA